AUGCACGAUUAUCCACAGAAACACACGAUUAUGGACAGCCGUCCAUGCAAAACAACAGCUGCCAGACACAACCCGCCAGAGCACGUCCUCUCCACACCAUUAGCGGCUCCACUUGCCCUCCACUCUCCACCUGGACAGCUCAUUCCACCCUCCAUUCUCCACCUGGACAGCUCGUUCCACCCUCCAUUCUCCGCCUGGGCAGCUCGUUCUACACUCCACUCUCCACCAGGACAGCUCACUUUACCCUCCUCUCUCCACUUGGACAGCUCCACCUACCGUCAACUCUCCACCUGGACAGCUCACUUUACCCUCCUCUCCACUUGGACAGCUCCACCUACCGUCACUCUCCACCUGGACAGCUCACUUUACCCUCCACUCUCCACUUGGACAGCACCACCUACCCUCCACCCUCCACCUGGACCACCCUCCACUCUCCACCUGGACAGCUCCACCUACCCUCCACUCUCCACCAGGACAGCUCACUUUACCCUCCUCUCUCCACUUGGACAGCUCCCCUACCACUCUCCACCAGGACAGCUCACUUUACCCUCCUCUCCACUUGACAGCUCCACCUACCGUCAACUCUCCACCUGGACAGCACCACCUACCUUCCACUCUCCUACCCUAGCACUUCCCCUCAUCGCUCCAGUCUCCAUAUGGACAAAUCCACCUACCUUCUACUCGCCAUUUUCCACUGCUUGCCCUCCAAGCUCCUUACUCCACCUGAACGGCUCCACUUACCCCAAUACUUGCCCUUCAAGCUCCAUAUUCCACCUGAUCGAUUCCACUCACUCUCUACAUGAUACGACAGCAUUAGUAUGCUGCUCUGAUGAAGACAUCUCCGCCGGGAUAAUACCAACAGCCAUGAUUGUGUCUUCUCUCCGCGGGCCCUUCAGCCACACGCUGCGAGCAAGGUUUCUCUCGAAGGAGGUUACACAGGUUACAAAAGUUGUUUACCUACUAUAUUCUACCCUGCCCUACCGUGGUCUACCAUAUGCUAACCUUCCCUACCAGGUUCUGCCAUAUGCUAGCCUUCUUUACCGUGUUCUGCCAUAUGCUAACCUGCCCUACCAAGAUCUACCAUAUGCUACCGGGUUCUACCAUAUGCUAGCUUGCCCUACCGUGUUCUACUAUAUUCUACGCUGCCCUACCAUGUUCUACCGUACGCUACCCAUGCCCUACUAUGAUCUGCCAUAUGCUAACCCGCCCUACCAUGUACCACCAUAUCCUACCCUGCCCUACCAUGUUCUACCAUAUGCUAACCCGCCCUACCAUGUUCUGCCAUAUCCUACCCUGCCCUACCAUGUUCUACCAUACGCUAAUCCGCCCUACCAUGUUCUGUCAUACGCUAACCUGCCCUACCAUGUUCUACCAUAUGCUAACCCGCCCUACCAUGUACCACCAUAUCCUACCCUGCCCUGCCAUGUUCUACCAUAUGCUAACCCGCCCUGCCAUGGCCAUAUCCUACCCUGCCCUACCAUGUUCUGCCAUAUCCUACCCUGCCCUACCAUGUUCUACCAUAUGCUAACCUGCCUCUCCUGUCCCCACCCUACUCUCCCCUACUCACGCCCACGGCCUUCCCUGCCCUGUCCCAUCCCGGAGAUCUUGAAAGUAUUAUCUGGUUUGGCCUCAUUUGGUGUUGAAGUGGAGGAUUUCGAGGUUUUGUGGGAAAGGGCGCGACCCGAUCAGCUGUAA